UCCCGCCCGUAACUUGUAUUCAUGUAGAACCGCCGUUUAGAUUGCUUUUUCCUUCUGCUCAGGCAGUAGCGUAUUUGUGUGGUUUUUUCGGGCUGGUGGAAACGGUGGCGCUCUCUCACUUCCCGUAUUUGAAAUGCGGUGGUUGUUGAGGGUGCGGGUCCCGUCUUUGGAACCGGCCUCAGUGCUAGAUUGUUUGUGGCUGCAGCCCCAAGCGGGGCUCCGAGGACACCAGGCCGUGUUUCCAUGGCAACCCCAAGAAGCCGCCCCCAGAGGGAAAGCGCUGUUGCCACAAAGGUGGAAGCACACUGGGACGGAGGAUGGAGAGCCCAGCUUCCUGGGCAUGGUCGAGAUAUUCUGCGACCGGGCGACGCGAGUAGUCGAGAAGGAGCUGGUGAACCGGCUCCGCACUCCCAAGGACGAGAAUGAGCGGGUGCAACGGGUUCGCGGGAUCCUCAAAGCGAUCCAGAGCUGCGGCCACGUUCUGGAAGUGGCCUUCCCUAUCCGUAGGGAUUGUGGCAGCUGGGAAGUGAUCAGGGGCUGCCGGGCCCAACACAGCCAGCACCGCAUGCCUUGCAAAGGGGGGAUUCGUUACAGCAGUGCAGUUAGUGUUGAUGAAGUAAAAGCCUUGGCUGCUUUGAUGACAUACAAAUGUGCAGUGGUAGAUGUUCCUUUUGGUGGUGCUAAGGCUGGUGUGACUAUUGAUCCAAGGAAUUAUUCAGAGAAUGAACUGGAGAAAAUAACAAGACAAUUCACGAUAGAAUUGGCCAAGAAAGGAUUUAUAGGUCCUGGAAUUGAUGUAGCUGCUCCUGACAUCAGUACAGGAGAAAGGGAGAUGUCCUGGAUCGCUGAUACUUACUCAAACACUCUUGGAUACAGGGAUAUCAAUUCCCAUGCUUGUGUGACAGGGAAGCCCAUCAGUCAAGGAGGAAUCCAUGGACGAGUCUCAGCCACAGGCCGUGGAAUUUUACAUGGAAUUGAAAACUACAUCAACAGCACACCGUACAUGGAUCUCAUUGGCCUCAAAACUGGCUUCACUGGCAAAACAUUUGUAUUGCAGGGGUUUGGCAAUGUGGGUCUGCACUGCAUGCGGUAUCUGCGUCGUUAUGGAGCACGCUGCAUAUGUGUUGGGGAGCUAGAUGGUGCCAUCUACAACAAUGAUGGGAUUGACCCUAAGGAGCUACAAGACUAUAAGCAGGAACAUGGUACUAUAGUUGGCUUUCCGAAAGCAAAGAAACUUGAAGGCAGUGCCCUUGAAGUGCCUUGUGAUAUCCUCAUCCCAGCUGCUAUUGAGAAACAGCUUACAAAGGAGAAUGCUCAGCAUGUCAACGCAAAGAUUAUUGCUGAAGGUGCCAAUGGCCCUACAACUCCAGAAGCCCAUGACAUCUUCCUGCAGAGAAAGAUCCUUGUCCUCCCGGAUUUGUACAUAAAUGCAGGUGGUGUGAUAGUCUCUUUCUUUGAGUGGCUGAAGAACCUGAACCAUGUCAGUUAUGGGCGCCUCACCUUCAAAUAUGAGCGUGACUCUAACUACCAUUUGCUGAUGUCAGUGCAGCAAAGUCUGGAAAGAAAGUUUGGGCAAGAUACUGGAAACAUCCCUAUUGUGCCCACGCCAGAAUUCCAGGCCAGGGUGUCCGGUGCCUCAGAGAAGGAUAUUGUACACUCAGGACUAGCUUUCACCAUGGAACGGUCAGCCAAGCAAAUCAUGGGUGCAGCCACGAGGUACAACCUAGGCUUGGACCAAAGAACUGCUGCCUACAUUUGUGCCAUUGAAAAGGUCUUUAAGGUUUACAGUGAGUCAAGUUUCACUUGUUGAGACUGCCUGCCUGCCUGCCUGAUGGCCUCCUGUCUGUUGGCUGAAGAUUUAAAAAGCAUGUGUUACCUUAAAAAAGAUAGAACAUCACAGUGAAAAAGGAGGCCUGAGUGUUGCUGUGAAGUUCUAGAAACUUCCCCUUUUAUUUGUAUCUUAUUCCUCUUGUCCUGUUCCCAAUUUCCUUGAUGCCCAGUUGUAAGCCAUAUUUGUUUGGAAAUAUGUUCUUUUUUUAGACCUAUAGAUGGUGCCAGCAGUUCAUGGAUGCUGUUGCAUUGCUGAAUUGUACAGUAUAACUUUUCAAAUUAAGCAUUUAUUAGAGUUCAUUGUCAUCUUG